AUGCAGCCAACCGACCAACUACUACCCCCUCAAACUACAAACAGCCACCAGAACGAACAGCAACAGCAACAACCACUCUCAUUCUCCGGACGAUGGGUCCCACUCCAGAAGAUCCUCUACGGAACAACCAUCUACCCCUUCAGCCCAAUCCACAUCGACCCACGCAAGAUCGACAUCAAGGGCAAGGGCAAACUGCUGCUGCAGGACACCGACCAGCACCCCUCCCUCAUCCCGGCUAACCCAAACCAGGUCCCGCUGGAUGUCGGCGACGAAUGCUACGUCUUCGAGCAGUAUCUGCCCGCAUCCCACCCCGUAGACCCCUCCUCGAUCUGGUACAGAGGCUAUCCAUUCGAAUCCCUCAACCCCGACGACCAGAUCCACUCCCCAGCCCAUCUCCCAGACGAGCCCCAGGUCUUCCUCGGCAUCUUCCCUGCAUCCCAUCUCCAGAUCAGAGAGCAUCUCGACGACUCCUCCCAGCGAUCGGACAGCUCGCUCGCCCAGAUCCGUGCCGCCAGCGCUGCCCACCAAACGUUCAGCAAGGACUCUGGCCCCAUGGAACCCCUUCCGGAGGAGGACGAAUCUGAUCUGAUCACCACCCCACUCAACCCACACCAAUCCGCAAAGCCAAACGAAACACCCAACGAUCAGAAACUAUCAACCCCCCUCCCAUCCCUCAAGGCCGGCGACGAGACCGUGUCGGGGCGCGACGAGCCCCUGAUCGACGAAAUCGCCUGCGCCCUGCGAGAGUGGUACACCCUCCUCUUCGUCCAUCUCCAUCGGCGGCGCUACCAGCUCUUCCAUCUCAUGAAACUCCAGAUCGAAGCCCUCCACAUGGGAAGACGCCAACUACUCGCCCAAACCCUGAGCACCGAGGAAGCCGCCAAACUCAGACGCGACCUCGUCAACCGGCUCGUCUAUGGCAACUACAUCCAGCGUCUCGACAUCAUCGUCCGCCAUCCCGACUAUGGCGCCCUCGUCGAUAGCGAGGUCGAGAUCGAAGCCGUCGACUCCAGGUCCUGGAUGUCGAUCAUCAGGAUGUAUGUCUACCAGGUCAAGCUCGCCUACCUCAGCCCGGCCCUCAACUCGCCCACCGGAGCUCAGGCGAUCCUCCACCUCGCAGAACCCACCGGCUCCAAUGCGCUCUCCAACAUCAGCCCCAACAACCACUCGAAGCUAUGCGAACCCAACCAGAUCCCACUCAACGCACACCUCCCCAGUCUGCGCAACACGCGUUCGAACCCCGCCGCCUCAGUCGACAUGCUCUCCUCACCCCACGCCACCAGAACCCAGAACGCCUCCGGAACGGGAUAUCGACCCAAGUUCUAUCACAUGAUGAUGGAGGUCAAAUCCUUCUUUGCCAGCCCGUGCGUGGAGGGCGAGAUGAUGGAACUCUACUUCUCGCUCUACAACAAGAGCGAGAGCAGGUUCCUCACCGAAGAGUUUUGUAUCAUCCUCAACCAUAUGGGUCUGCCCCACAACCCCACCCUCACUCAAUCCAGACACCUCCAGCAUAUGUCUUACACCAGCAACGCCGGAGGAGAAGCUCACCCGGGCGUGGUUGGCCAAGACCAGAAAGCUUGUAAUCCCAACGAGCUCAUCUCACUCCGAACGAUGUUCAAGGAUAUCAGCCCACACGACGUCCAGGAUUCGAUCUUCCUGGUCUGCCGACUAGUCAAGAAUGGCGCCAUGAAGACACUCACCGGGCAAUCUAACAACCAUACGACCACUAUCACCAACAUGCAAGACCCUUCUCAUACUCUCAGCGCCACUCCCUCGGGAUACGAGCCCGACUUCAAUUCGCUCAGAAAUUCCUUCGACCUGGCUAGCUCCGACGCGCCCACGCUAAGACAGCAUGCCCUGCCCAAAGAGUCCAACGGGAUGACGUUCACCAGUCUCAAAUCGGGCUCCCAAUCCCUCCGACGGCCGUACGGAUGUGCCGUGGUCGAGCUGGCCCAAUUCUCGUCCCAGAGCAGCCAGAUGCUGCUCAACAACACGUCCAACCAGGCCGGCAUGUCGCGUCUCUCGACCAACACGACGACCACCGCGCCAUCAAACGUCUUCGAGCCGCCGACCAGUCGGUACACCAUGAACAUCUUCUCGCCCGUCAGCGAGGCCAGCUUCCCAACCCUCCACGAGGACAUCAUCGCCUCGCGGACCAAGGAGUUCUUCGGAAGUGGCAACCUCACCUCCACCGGCCCCGGAAACAGUACGCAUAACGGUAAACAUCAUCAUCACCAGCCUCCUUCAGGCAGCAUGGGCCCCAAGAACGAGUCGAUUGACAUCCAGAUGAAAACUUACUAUGGCGACACCAACACCAUCCUCAAGGAAAAUAGCUCUGCCCUCAGCGAUGUGCCCGUGACUUCUCGAUUAGGCUUUCCCGACGUGGUCUAUCCGGAUGAUUCCAGAAACGAGAUUUAUAUCAAGUUGUGGUCCGGCGAUUUCUCGAACCUCAGCGUCGGCGCAUCCAAAAUGAUCUCCGCGUCCGGCUCGGGCAAGAAUAUUGAGGUCGCGGCCGAGUUGAGGACUAAUACUGGCCAGCUCCUCGAGCGGGUCAUCUCUCGUGGCUCGGGAGAACCGAAAGUCACCCGGUACAACUCGAUGGUCUACCGAAAUAAUCAGACCCCCACUUGGGGCGAAUUGAUGAAGUUGGACAUCAGCUCAGAGACCAUUGCGAGCUGUCAUCUGUUUUUCACCUUCCGGAACCGACAGGAGAAGUCGACCCGAAACAACAACGGCCAUGCGCAAGCUGACAAGCCGUUUGCAUUCGCCUACUUGCCGCUCUUCUCGCCCAACCGGACAUUCAUCCCGGAUGGCGAGCACAGCCUGAUCCUGUUCAAGUACGACGAUCAAAGCGCGAUGCCCGAAGUGUACUGUCGCGUCCGGCCGACGAUCGUCCCUGGCCAGACAAUACCUGAAAUCACCCCCGCGCUCUCCAAGCUCUUGAUCCCGCUCAAAGACAGCUUCGUCGUCCGAUCCUUCUUGUGCUCGACGCUUCAUACCCAGGACGAGGUCCUGCUCCGGCUGAUGAAGUGGAACACUCUCCUUGAUGAUCCCGAUGGGCUCCGGCAGACGCUCACCAAGCUCAAGUUUGCAUCUGAAGUCGAGAUCUGCAAGUUCCUGCGAAACAUCUUCGAUGCCUUGUUCGGCGUCCUGGUCUCUCGCGCAAAUGCAGAGACGAAAGAGUACGAGGAACUGGUGUUCAACGCGCUGGUGACCCUGCUCGGCAUCGUCUCCGAUCGCCGGUUCACCAACUUCAAGCCGGUCGUCGAUCUCUACAUCGAUCACCACUUCUCCUCGACAACCGCCUCCACCCAUCUGCUCCAGUCCUUCCAGAACUUGCUCGCCAACCCGACGUCCCCUGACAACGCCCACCCGCUGAGAUGCUCGAUCAAGGUUUGGGGCUACCUGAUGCGCUUCAUCGUCCGGUCGAGGGAGCUGCAGAGGAUCAAGGAGCUGAAUGCCCCAUCGAGCGGACUGAUGUGCGAUGCGGUGGAGUCGAAAUUCAAAGUGGACAUCAGCACCCUGCUGGGCCGGAUCAACAACCUGAUGACGACCGACUCGAGCUCGAUCAUCGGCACCCAAACCCUGGCCGUCCAGCAUUUCGCAAGCCUGAUGACCGAGCUAGCCAAGGUGUUCUCCCCCCUCGAGCUGUUGGAGAAGGCCAACGGGUUUUGCGAGUCGAUCAAGGUGAGCAAGGGCAAGAUCGUGAUGUGGAAGCUUCUUCUCCAGGAGCACAUCGUCAUGAGCCCGAUCUUCGACCAAGCCGAGGGCCGGCUGCAGCUGGUGCCCAAGCUGACGACCUGGGUGAAGCCGCAUCUGGGCGAGUUCGAGGACUAUCUGAUGUUCAAGCCUACGGACAACGAGGUGGUCAAGCAUUCGGCACGGGUGACCUGGCUGGAGGGGAUCCGGAUAGCGGUGGCCGUGGUCGCGGUGGCACUGGACAAGCUGCACGAAGUGCUCAUCGACCCCGCGGUCUGUAACGACCAUGGCGCGCUCGCCCAGGAACACGACAACAUCGAGUAUCUGCUCGGCUUGCUCCCCAAGCUGCUCGAGUCCUUCCGCGAGUUCGAGAACCCCGCGAACGUCGAGACCGUCCAGAGACUCGGAACUACUGCGUCUGUUAUCAGCUCCGUCCCCAUCGUCUUCCCCGCUACCUACCCCUUCUCGCUCCUCAACGCGCUCCCGCCCAAGCCCAACCUCCAUCCGCCCGUCUCCCCCACCGAUCCCAACAACAACAACAACAACGCCAACCCAUCUCUCGGCCACCAGCAGAACAAUCCGCCGACGGUCCAGAACGCUCUAGGCGAGAUCGCAGUCGUGAUGAUCACGAUGAUCAUGCUUGCGCCCCCUCGGAUGCUCAAGAACCAUCUCGAACUGAUGCUUGAGGUCGAGGGGAAAGCAAACUUCGGCAAGUUCCUCUCCAAGACCUUCAAGGCCUUCUACUCGAUCCUCAAGCACGUCGCGUUUCCCUCGAAUUGGCUUAACAUUAAUGUGGUGUCGCACAAGGCGAUCUUGAAGCUUCUCGACGUGGUGUCGAAGAUCCUCCAACGGGAGUUCAUCCCUGCGAUGCAGACUGAGUCGACCCGGGCCGGAGGAGGCGGACAGGAGGGGCAGGAAGAGGGGGAGGAGGAGGAGAGGUUCGACUCGAACCUUUGGUCGGACUUCUUCGUCCUCAACCACGGCCUGCUCUCCUCCAAACUGCUCAUCAUCGAGGAAUAUCCGCCUCAGAAACGCCGGGUUAUCUGGAAGCUCGCGGGGGACAUCCGGGAUGAAGGGUCGAAGAUCUUUCGGGCUGCUUGGGAGGCUAUCGGCGAUUUCGAGAUCCGCAUCCAGGCCGGUCCCUCCUCUGAGGACGGGCACGAGCGCGAAGAUGGGGACGAGGGCCGGGACGGUGGGCAGCGGAAGGACGGCCAGCGGGGUGCGGAUGGGCAGGAGAAAGAUGACGGGACGGACAAGGCUCAGCUGCAGAUCCGCGAAGUCACCCGAUGCGGCGGAUAUCAGGUCCAGUUCGUCCCUGGGUUCAUCGAGCCACUUUUGGAGCUCUGCUUGUCUCACCAUGACGAGCUGCGGGGGAACGCUGUCAUCGUCUUGUAUAGCGUGAUCGUUAGCGAGUUCAAUCUGAACCGAGACUUCACGGUGAUAGCGGACGAGAUCAUCGAUAAGCUGGACACCUUGUUAGGUAGCUCGCCUUCCGAGCCCCUAUCGAGUCCGGUAGACGAGACCAGCCGGGCGAGCUUCGUCGGCCAGCUCCGCGCACUCUUCGACCACUCUCCCGUCGUCCCCAAAGACUCUAACACCUCCGCCAAUGGCACGAGGGGCAUCGAGCCCGAGCUUAAGAAACAGAUCGACCUGUUUCUCGACUCGUUGGCGCAGUUCCUCGACCUCCUCCUCUCCAUUAGGAACUUGCCUCCUGGCGACGAGUUCAUCGACGACCGGGUCAUCGGCACGCUUAAACUCAUGUCGUUUAUCCGGAACAUCGGCCGCAGCGGGAUUUACAUCCAUUACGUCCACAAGCUUGUCAACUUCCAUGCUGCUCAUGGCAACUUCGUCGAAGCCGGGCUGGCGCUCAGGCUGCAUGCCGACCUGCAUGACUGGGACCUCAAUUCUAUCGUCGACGCGGUCCCGGAGCUGUCUCUGCCCAAACAGACGGUGUUCGCGCGCAAAGAAACACUGUAUUUCAGGAUCCUGGAGUUUUUGUCCAAAGGCAAGGCCUGGGAAAGCGGGAUCCAGAUCUGUAAAGAGUUGCAGGAACAGUACGAGCAUGUGUCGUUUGAUUACGAGCGACUCUCCGAGGUCCUUGCCCAUCAAUCUUCCCUCUUCCUCAAGAUCGUCAAAACUGACCGCUAUUUCAGCGAAUAUUUCCGGGUCGCGUUUUAUGGCCAAGGGUUCCCACCGAGUGUGCAGAAUCGACAGUUCGUCUAUCGGGGCUACGAAUGGGAGAAAUACGCGGCGUUUUGUGAUCGGAUGCACAACAAGCAUCCGAAUGCGCAGAUCAUCCAAUCCCAGGCGGUCUCGACGGACGAGCUGGCGUAUGCGGAGGGCCAGUACCUCCAAAUCACCCGGGUCGUCGCCGAGCCCGACCGGACCACCGUCGUCUUCAAGAACCCCGAGGUCUCGAGCUCCGUCGUCAGCUACUACGAACAUAAUGCUACGAAUACUUUCAGCCAUUCUAAGCCUUUCGAUAAGGAUAACGUCGACCCUGCGGAUGCUGUGCGGAUGUGGGUCGAAAAAACUUUCUUGGUGUGUGAGGACGUGUUCCCGACGGUUCUGAAAAGGUCAGAGAUCUUGGAGAUCAGAGUCCUCGAAAUCUCGCCGAUCGAAAACGCCAUCAUGAUCACUGAGCAAAAAACGAGAGAUCUGGAGAGCCUCCAUCGCCGAUAUCUUGCGUUGACCAAGACCAGCGAAGCCAAGCUGAACACCAACCCGUUAUCCAUGGCCUUAAAUAGCAUCGUCGAUACCCCUGCCAAGACUGGAAUACCUGCGUUUAGAAACGUCUUCUUGUCUCCUAGUUACUUGGAGGAACAUCCCAAUCAAUAUCAUCCGGUUCAGAUGCUCCGUCAAGCGAUCGACCAUCAAACUACUGUAAUCAAUGCGAGUCUUCAGUUGCAUCAGUACCUCUGCCCGCCCGAAAUGAAAGGUUUCCAUGCCACCUUGCAUAAAUUUUUUGUGAAGAAUUUUGCAGAAGAGAUCGGACGAUUGCCCCUCACCUCUUCACUCAGCGCCGAGCUACUGGGAGCCCAAGCCGAAGAGUCCGAGGGCACCCAGGGCGACCAUACUCAAAAGCCUGGACGGCACGAUGCAUACUCCCUCUCCAGGGGCAAUUCAUUCGUCAGGCGGAAUGACAGCAAUGGGAAUUACCAGCCUCACAAACCGUCGCGGCCCUCGUUGUCCUUAUCUUUAGGCGGACUCCCGUCCCAGAAUGCCUAUGGACAGUACGAUUCUCAUGCCCAACCGAAUAUCAUCGGCGCCUCGCCAUCGAUACAGAGCCAAUUCCAACAAGGCUACAACUUUCCAUCCUCUGGCUCGCUGAAUCCGAGCUCAAGCUUUAACACGAUGAGCGGGGGAGGCCAGUCGAAUGUCGGCUUAUCCCGCUCGGUGACGAUGACCUCUUCGCACCAGAACCCGACGGGGGCCUACAACGAGAGCGCGAUGAUGGAGAAGCAGGCCAGCGGGAUGACGGUCGGAGGCGGAGGAGGGGGAGAGGGAUACGAGUACCCGGGACAGAUGGACGGGUCGAGCCUGGUGCGGACGAUGAGCGGCCCGUUGCUGGGGCUCUCGGACCCGGUCUACCAGCCCUUCAGCCCUCCCAGCAUCCAUGGGGGCGUCAGUCGGCUCGGAGGAGACCUGUCCGCCAGCGGCUCCUCCACCCUCGUCUCCGCCCAAUACGCCCCCGCCGCUCAGAACGGCUCCGGGCUCGGCAAACUCAUCCGCAAAGGCACCGGCACCAUCCUUACUAAUAACAGCGGCUCCAGUCGCACUAGUAGCUCGCUCAACCUCAACCCCAACCCUAACGCCCUCGCCCUCAACCCGCCUGCCCCACCGCCCACGUCUUCCGAUCGCAGAUCCAUCCUCGGCAUCCGCUUCGGAAGCCGCCAUAAAUAA